AUGUCAUCACUCAACCCCCCGAAGCGGAUGAAGCUGAAGGAGAACCAGAUGGUGGUAACGGUGCGUGACUUUACACCGGGGACGCUGAAACGCAAGCUACCGCUCGGUAAUUACAUCAGCGCGGACAACGUCCUACCAACGGUAAGCGUCCAAACGCUCACCAAACAGCUCAGCAACGUUGGUGCCACACCCGGCCGGAAGCGUGCCGGCAGUUCCGAACCAAGAACCGGCGCGUCCGCCGUCGAGCGUCGUAACGCGCGUGAACGCAACCGCGUGCAGCAGGUAAACAAUGGUUUUGCCGCGUUACGGCAGCGCAUCCCGGACGAAAUUGCGGAAGCGUUCGAGGCAGGCACAACGGCACGCGGUGCCCACAAGAAGCUCAGCAAGGUGGAAACGCUCCGGAUGGCUGUGGAGUACAUCAAAAGCUUGGAGCGUUUGCUCGAACAUUCCGGCACGGCCGGCCGCGUACCGACCGCCUUCCCCGAGGACACACCCGACACUCAACUACCCGCCACACCGCCCCCAGAACCGGUGGGUCUAUCCGGUAACUUCUUUCUAGCAAUCAAACCACGCACCAACAAGCUCGAACACACCGGUUCCGGGAUGCCGGAUCCCACCGGUACGGGGACGCUCGAUCAAACGCAAAUCACCAUCAUCAACGGUCACCAGUACAUGCGCAUCCCCGGUACCAACACGUUCCAGUAUCUCGAUCCGGAAAGCCUGCACGACGAGGAGGACAGCUCGACCGAGCGGCCCGCCGAGGAGGAGGAUACGUGCUCGAGCAGCGGUGAUCUACUGAGCGAGUCCGCCAUCGCACUAUCGCCCCAGAGCAACUUUACGCUCGAACCGGAUACGGACUCGAAGCGGGAUGUGGACUCACUGUACCAUUCGAUUGUGUCCCAACCGGACGGGUCCGUGUUCGAUCAGCAGCAGUACGACGAUCUGAUGCUGAUCAAAUCGGAGCUGCAGGAUGAAGCGGACCUGGCGGAGGAUGCAUCGUUUUUGAGCUGGUUCGAGGCGAAUCAGCAGCUACAGCUGCAGCAGCAGCUGCAGCAACAUCUACAGCAACAGCUCCAGAACCAGCAGAAUUUGCUGGAGUGAGCGGC